AUGCCAGUGCAAAUUUCGCCGGGCCUCUUGGCUCUAAAAGACGUUGACUGGAGGCGGGUUCAUUUCUUCUUUUGUGACGAACGUGUCGUACCAUUUAACAGUCCGGAUUCCACCUACGGUGUUUACAAGAAUCUCCUCUUUGACCGGUUACCCGAUCUGCCGACCGAAAAUGUGCACAAAAUUUGUGUAGAAGGCAGUGCGGCAGAAGCAGCCGCCAAAUACCAGUCAGACAUAAUGGCCUUCUUUGGGACAGAGCAUGGCUACCCAGCUUUUGACUUACUCCUUCUUGGAAUCGGUCCCGAUGGACAUACCUGUUCACUCUUUCCGAAUCACAAACUCCUUUCAGUAAGUCUCAUUCCUACAGCAUGUUCAUGGAUACUGCAUUAAUCAUCUCUUUUCAGCUCUACGUAGCCUUCCUUUUUUCGUACAAUCAGAUUUCUUUUGAAGUCCGCAAUUGCACGGGUAUCACGCAUGGCGUGACCUACUGUUGUCCCUGGAGGCUCUUCUACUGAGUCGCAAGAAUCACAUUACUCUCUCUCUCUCUCUCCCUCUCUCUGUGAGUGCGCUUUUGCGCUGGCAAUAACAAAAAAUUGUCAGGUGCGAUUUAGAUACCCCUUGGCCGCUGCCGUCACCACUGUAGUCAAACUUAGUCAGGCUGCAUGCACGAGCCAGCCGCCGCGGCAUACGAAGUCUGCCGAUUGGACUACUCGAAUGUACAGUGCGUGACCGAUCUCAUGAAAUGUUAGCCGAAAUUCUGAAACGCGUUUUCGAUUACGCACUUAGAUGGGGUUGUUAUAUUGAUUAGAAAGCAGCAUAAUACUAUAACAUUUCGGACUCGCCAGGAUGUCGGCUUUUGAAUGCACUUCUUUUCGUCCUUCUGCAGAAACCACACUCGGUAAAACUUGACUACUUAGGUAGCAUGAAUUUUCACUACUGAUUUCCGAUAAUCUUAUAAAUGCAAAUAAAUUUUACAGAAAACACGCACAACAUAUGCUUUCUUUUGCUCGUUUGGUAAAAACUCACAUUGUCUUCAUGUAUUAUACCCGAAGAAAGUGUGUAUUUGGGUUUGAAAAAUUUAUAAUAAUGAAAUUUUUAAGGACUGCGCAUUUCCGUUUACCAAUGCUCCUCAUGAAAUGUACAACACAGUCUGGAUCCAUUGCGAAAUUUCAAGUGGUAUCUUCUUAAAGGCAUAGAGGAAUACAUGAUUUUCCUUACGCGGAAGGCACGCACCUUGUAGACUGAAAUCACUUAACGUUGACGCAAUGGCAGCUCAGGCUCAAAAUUAUUCGGGGAUUGCGAAACUUUUUUAAAACCUGAAGAUGCACUUUUUUCGGGUAUAAGAUAUAAAGAGAGUGUGAUUUUCUAUCAAAAAAGUAAAAGAAAGCAUAUUUUUGUGUACGUUUUCUAUAAAAUGUGUUCGAAUUUAUAAGACCAUCUAAAAUCAAUAGGAUACAUGCAUGCUACUUAAGUAGUCAUUUUUUUACCGUGUGGUUUCUGCAGGAGGUCGAAAAGAAGUGAAUUCAAAAGCCGACAUCCUGAUGAGUCCGGAAUGUUAUAGGGUUAUGCUGCAUGAAAAUUAGUAAUAACAACCCCACCUAAGUAAUCCUUCCUAAUCGAAAACGCAUUCCAGGAUUUUGGCCAACAUUUCAUGAGAUCGGUCACGAAGUGUGCAUAAAUCUAUCUGCUGAAUAAGUGUCAACGUUGCUCACUUAGACGGCAGCCCCUGUCUGCUUGCACCUUGGAUAGCACUUAUCAUCACUGGCUGAUUCAACCUACCCCCUCACGGCACCACGCGUGAUCGUUGUCUGACGAUGAUGCGGAGUUGAACCAGAUGAUGUUGGGGGGCCUAACUGCUGACUACCCAGCGUAAGUUAACUGCGGAAUUCCGGUGAGCGAGUGAGCAUUCACAGAACACCAGUCGAGGUCUGGCAAAAUGCUACCGACCCCGAUGACGGCACUGAAACCCACCAAUCAUGAAACGUCGGCAAAUCGAUUCAUCCCGCUACCGCUGCCCCGCCUAGUUUAGGAAGGAGGCAAGCCGGCUUAAAUGGGCUCGGGGGACCUUGGUGAUUGCAAAUAGAAGCCAAGAGACGAGUCCCAGGAAGUAGUCUUGAAGUAGGAGACACGACCCCUGUGACAAGAGCUUUAUUAGCCUGACGCUUCGGAUUCCUACUCGAACCCAUCACCAGCGACAAAAGCAGAUACGGGUGCUUCAUGCACAAGGGGCCGCAGUAUUUAUAGGAUGCGGUCACCAUGUUAUCGCAUACCUAUGAAUAUUCACGGCUCUCCCUCCCUUUUGAUCAGGGAUCGUUGCUCAUGGUGUUAUGGCCGUUUGAUGGCCGACAUUCGCGUCGGUAAUCGCUGCGAUUUCAUCACGUGCGUUGUAUGUUAGUGUGAUUAUUGCUCGACCAUCUGACGCACUGAACCUGGUGUUGGGAAAAGUGUUCACCUGUGCGUUCCCCGCGUGGCUAAUUACUCCGCCUAAGCGAAGUCUCAGCGCCGAGUAUGGAAGGGGAAGAGAAUUGCACUUGUUAAUUGACUGGGGGCCAGUAAACCAUGAUUCAAGUAGCUCCCGGCUCACGCGGUUGUCACCUCUUGCGAGAAUUUCUGUCUCGUCAAAUUUGAAUGUGUGGUCGGAUCUCGUCGAAUGAGCCGCAACUUGAGAGCUGGCAUCAUUUCUCCGCACCGCUGCAGCGUGUUUGGCCAUUCUCGUUCAGAGCUGUCUUCCGGUUUCCCCGACGUAGUUGCUUUGUCCGCAACUGCAUCCGAUGGUCGAGUUAUCAUCACACCAACAUCCAACGCACGUGAUGAAAUUGCAGCAAUUAACGACGCGAAUGUCGGCCAUCAAACGGCGAUCACACCAUGUGCAACGAUCCCUGAUCAAAAGGGAGGGAGAGCCGUGAAUAUUCAUAGGUAAGCGAUAACAUGGCGACUGCAUCCUAUAAAUACUGCAGCCUCUUUUGCAUGAACCACCCGUAUCUGCUUUUGUGUUUGAUGAUGAGUUCGAGCAGGACUCCGAAAAGUCAGGCUAAUAAAGCUCUUGUCACAGCGAUCGUGUCUCCUUCAAGACCUUGGCGAUUCUCUGCGAGCAGUAGUUUCAGACGUCAGUUAAUUUGUACGCGUCUACAGGAUACGGGUUGUCGGUCCUGGUGACACGGGAGACUCAACUUCCCCACCCAGCCUCUCAUUGUCAGCGUAGGUCUUCAUUAGCGCGGAAGUUGACAAGGUAUUAGCCGAGGUUAGUUGAGGAGGCACUCACACCUUUUCUGAAUUCGGUCGAAGUAGUUCUCUCACGGUAACCGAUUUGUUAUCUCUGGGCCGUUGUAUUGACCAAACGUUGUCUUUAUCAGUACUCGAAAGCGCUGUGCGGCUUUGAAAGUGUUAAACUACUCUAUUUUCUUGCGUCCUUAUCGGGCAAAAGUGUUGCACGAGGCUUCCCUGUAUCCCCUGAGGAAAUGGCAGCGAGGUUAAAGAAAGACAUUGCCCUCUGGAGUUCACCAACAUCCCACAGACAUAACCUGAUGGCAGUGGUUUUACACCAUUUUCUAUUGCCUUUUGAAUUUCUGCCAGAUUUUCUGACUGCAGAAACAGUUGAUCUUGGAACUCACAUCUUCGCUUGUAUCUGCAAAACCAGUCUCACUUACUUCCCCUCCAACUACUUUAGGUUGAGGAUCUCGUUGUUGCACCUAUCACUGACAGCCCGAAACCACCACCCAAUCGUGUCACACUUACACUCCCCGUGAUCAACAAGUCGAAGCAUGUCGCCUUCCUGGUUGCGGGCCGGAACAAGGCUGAGGCCGUUACGGUAGGUCUUUGUCUCUGAAAAUGCCUGACCGGCUGUUGUUUGAUCGGUUCAGGUGUGUUGACCCCUCUUUUCGCCCGUAGACUCACUUCGUCGUUAUCGUCGACACGACGGCAUGUCAUAAAUAUAAUCCACCUUCCAUUAUGUGGAAGAUGUGUCCACAGCACGGAACCCACUCGUCCCAGUAGAUCUCCCUAGUCUGGAGAGAUAUCACAGACGUUGCACAGCGACAGGUCACAAUGCAGAGUAAAUAUCGACCAUUUCUGAGGACCAGAUUUGUUUAACGGGUGAGACACCGUUUUGGCGGCCCUGGAACCCAAAGACCAAAGAGUCCGCCCCCGGGCCUGGGGUUUUUCUAAUUCUGUGGUUGGGGCACUGCUGGGUGACAAUGGCCGGAAAAAGAUAUUCCGUUCGUCUCAAUCACUGUUUUUGCCGUCACCCCACUUAACUGAGUUCUAAAGAAGGCUAUGGCGGUCUAAGUUCUUCUCUGCUAUUAACCCUCGCGAUGAAAACGCCCUGUUAGGUAGUAAUCACCGGCAGCAAUGGUGUGAGACGAUUCUCCAGGAUACAUUGUAGUACAGAAAAAAGCGUAUAUUUCAAAGUAAGUUGCCCAACAGACAUGUGAGUACUAGUUCCGCAGGUUUCUAAUCGAAAGUCCCAUUCUCUCGACAUUCCGGUCACUUGUAGAGAUUGCGAGCGUAUGUAUUCGGGCAUGCUAGCUGCCAGGAUGGUGAAGAGCCAUUCUGGCUGACAUUUGAGGAACAGUCGGGUCUCUGCAAGGCAAAGGAGCAUAUCGGAGGCGUAUGCGUCGAGAAAUGCGACCUGCCUGUCAUCUUCCUGCUCAACGCCCCUACCUCCUUCCCCCCGCUAAAGGAACGUCCGGGUCAGCUAAACGUUUUUUAAGGAACCAUUACUACCAGCUUAACACCUCUAACGUUUCAUGACCGGCAAAUUGUAGUAUCAGGGCAACGACUGGACCACGGCUUUUCAAUUUAACCAGUUAUGUUCAUGAAGGCCUAACUAGCGCCCAGCUAGGGACCAUUCCUUUGUUUCACCCUAGUCACGCAGCCCCUUCCACCGGCAUCGAAUUCCACCGAGGAUCCGACGUGAUGUGGAUGUCCUUUAGGCCCCAAGGGGCCUGGCUGUCCAGGAUAACCGCUUCCAAUACAUCCCGUGCCACUAAAUAGCGAGAGCCAGAGCAUAUAAAGUAUAUACUGUACUCUGGCAGGUCGCCGAGGGCCAGUAUUUUGCUGACGAGGUGAAAUAAAAUCGACCAUCAGGGACCGCGGUCUUGUGUGAGAAAUUGAUUGGUAGAUUGUGUUCGCCUGUGAUUGACUGACCAGUAAAGCUGGAUCGCGACAAGCGUCGGCGGGCCCUGCCGUGACUCGCCGCAGUUGGGGGGGUAAAGUAAACAGACAGCGGACCCGAGCAUGCGCAAGCGAAGGGGGUGUUGAUGACGUCUGCAAGUCCUCGUCGCCGUCCGGUACUCAAGACGUCACCUGAGGGCUGACUGUGCCUCAGCGGCACAGCAAGAUGCCGAACACGGGCACACUGCUAGGCCAUCUGUGUGUGUGCACAUUUCACCACCAAAUACUGAAAUCAAAUGUCAGUGAAACCACAGUGACAUUUAGACCCCGUCCUAGAAUGUUACCAUAAAAAAGAUCGGCGCCUCUAGUGGAGUGCAUGCUUUUUUUUCGAAGGGUCAUGAUGCAGAACUAACAAACUUCGGGCGGGGGCCUGCCAUCACCAUUUAUAUAGUUGUCCAGAAAAAAAUGACCUUUAAACGAUAGAACAUCCCUCACCAGCUGUGCAGCGUGUCAACAAGUAACCAAUACCUAGGCUGACUUGGGAUCCAGAAAUCGCGGAAACGGUCUCCAUUUAUGGUCAUCUAACAUACCACAGAGCAGAGCGGCGAGGACGUGACGACUGCCCGUCACCAUAGGUAACAGUCCGCUACAGGCGAAAUGCGAGUUCCAGGAAGUAGGCGACGGGACGAGAUUGCAGGUCACGGGAUCGAGCCCCACACUUUGGGGUUGGGUAUGACUGGCUCACAGCGGUUAAUAAUUCAGAAAUGGCCAAUAACAGUCUCCCCUGUCUUAUUCGGUAAUGCCAUUCUGCCUGUCACGCGUCACUGUCCAGCUUCUGGGGGGGGGGCUCGAGAGAGAGCCCUGAGGCACAACGGACGAGUGAGUUACGUGGCACGAUCGGUGAGCGCCCUCCUACCGGGAAACAAGAGUCUUAUUCGUCAGACGUUUCGGAUCUGUACUCGAACCUCUACCAGUUGCCGCCUCUAAUGAUGGGUUCGGGUGUGAAUACAAAGGAUCAGAUGAGUAAAUUCCUUAUUUUAGCGAUCGUGCCUCCGCAACUCCUCAGUGGCCUCAUUUGUUUUUGGCUUCUCCCCAUCCGAGGAUCGGAUGAAAUUGUCGGCCCCAUCAGUAGAGGCUAGACUUGGGGCACCCAAAGGAGGCGGCGUCGUGGCAUCAGAUGAAUAUUCAGGCGGGGGCUGGUUUGUGUUAACUAUGCUGUGAAGCUGAUUUGGGUUCGGCCUGAUCUGGUCUUGCAACUCCAACAGCACACGAAAGUCGCGUUGCUCUCCGGGGACGUUGAGGCUACCAAUGACUCUGAGAGCACUGGAGGCUGGCAUAACUAGUAAUGGCCCAUUUACACGCAAUAUCGAUUGGUAGGGGGCGCUCACCGAUCGUUCUUACGGAACUCACUCGUUCUGUUGUGCCUUACGGGCCCUCACUCGAGCCCAACCAGCAGCUGCACAGCGGCAGAAUGGCAUUAACGAGAAAGACAAGGGAGACUAGAAUGGCCAGUUUUGACUUAUUAGCCAUCGUCAGCCAGUCAUACCCAACCCCGAAGUGUGGAACACCCGAGGCUCGCCCACUACCAUUGUAUAUUCCCAAUCGAAAGCGACAGGGUAACGGGCUUGUGGCCCAGUGGCUAGAGGCGUGGACUUCUAACUAACAGGUCGCGAGUUCGAGCCUCGGGUGUUCCACACUUUGAGGUUGGGUAUGACUGGCUGACGACGGCUAAUAAGCCAGAGAUGGCCAUUCCAGUCUCCCUUGUCUUUGUCGGCAAUGCCAUCCUGCAAUAUCGAUUCCCCAUAACGGUUCCGGGAUUUGGAUGAUGGUGUCUCUUCUGGGACUGUCUCCGUGCCCAAAGACUUACCCAUUUGCUUUUGACCCACUGCUCUCAUAACCGCCUUUUUUUCCAGAAAAUAAUCCAAGGAAAUGAGCCGAAACCGCUAUACCCGGCCAGCCUGGUCCAGCCCCUUGAAGGUCAGGCGACUUGGUACCUUGACAGGGCCGCAGCACAGCUUCUCAAGACGGCCAACUAG